CAUAGCCUCACUUGAUUGUCUCACUGCAUAAAAACCAGGUUCAGCAGGUGAUUCUGCCUCUGAUAUUGGCGAACUUUCCAACUCCAUUAGACCCCGGUUCCCCCCAAAGAGCAAACAUAACUGCCACUUGUCUGAAUUUCUAUCUUGCCUUCAGGACAUAAAGCAGCGACUGAGAGAGCAGCUGUCAGAGCCAACAUUCACUCCAUUGUGAAACCUGUGGAAAUCAGAACCCUUUGGAUGUCAGAGGACGGACAUGGACCCCUUGCCAGCUCAGUCCACCAUUGACAAGGAUGAGGAAGAAAAGGAAUUGUGCCACUCCAGGCCCAUCACUGAUUCGGGCACAAUGCUCUUCAUUUGUGUGUUGCCAACACAACAACCUCACGAUGGCCAUAGCGAGGUUGUCACGGUGGAAUUGCCGGUCCACAGCACCGUGAGAAACCUGCGGUUAUUGAUCUGGAUGAAGGCAAUUAGUGCAAGUACGAAGCCUUCCUUCUACCAAUUGUCCAAUCCUGACUCCUAUCAGCUGUUAUACAAGAAAGAGUCCACUUGGUUUGAGAUUUAUGAGAACCAGCAGUUUCUGCUGACUCUGGACUUGGUGAAGUACUGGAAGAGUUUGGGUUCCAAGAAAGUUCAGGUUUAUUUGAAACAGAGACCAAAGGAGACAAAAGAAGAUGUCGAAUUCCGGAAGCAAUUGGCCUAUCUGAUUGGGUAUGAUAUACGGAGUAUCAACACCCACCAGUCGGGUGAGCUGGCCUCUGCUCGGAGGAAGCUAACUGCGGCUCGAAAGACCGAGAUGCACAAUCGGAACAAUCGGGAUUAUGCAAUGGAAAUCUGGCUGGCUUCGAGCCCUCUUCCCAACACCCUCAAGAGCCAAAUCAGCAAAGAGCUGGUGGUCACCAUCUACUAUAAUGGUGCCAGUCAUAAAAUGAAGGUGGGCAUUUAUGACACACCAGACAUGAUCAUUAACUCCUACGCACAGAAGAUGGGCGAGAAACGAUUGCCAAUGGAAGUUAACGAUGGUAGCUUAGUCCUAAAGGUCUGCGGAAGAGAAGAGUACAUCACGGGAAACUGGUCACUGGUUGACUUCAUCUGGGUCAGGCGCUGCAUCAAGAAUAAAGAGGAGCUCCGACUGGCAUUGGUGCCCUCUCCAUCCCUUGCAGACGAUGAAGUUAAUAUUGAGGACUGGCCUUUGGUUGACCAAUGCACAGGGCUCACUGUCACCCAUGACAAACUGACUCUAAGAGGCAAAGAUAUUGAGCAGAUUCAGGCCCUGUCACUCUGGGAUUGCAGUCACUACUUUCGUGUCAAGAUUGUGGGUUUGGACAUUCCAAUUUUACCGAGCAAAAGCCUCCCUAAUGUAUAUGUGGAGGCAGCUGUGCAUCACGCAGCUAAGGUUCUUUCUUCCACAAAGUCUCAACCGAUGCCUCUCACUGAAGAGAUUUUGUGGAAUGCUUGGCUCGAUUUUGACAUCUUGGUGAAGAACCUUCCCCAGGGAUCGAGGUUGAGUUUGUCUGUGUACGGACUGGACUCGGACAUCUCUGCCUCAAAAGAUGGGAAAUCCACCCUGCAGAACACUAAAGAUGGAGACCUGUACAGAGGUAGAACCAAGCUGCUCUACUUUGUCAAUCUCCUUCUGAUUGACCACCAAUCGGUCCUUCAGCAAGGCGAGCACAUCCUUCAUAUGUGGCCUUACUCAAGUCGUGAGGAAAAUCUUAUAACUCAUGAGGUGGACAAACGCUCAUCUAAGACUAACCCAGAUAUCGAGAGCUCUACAGCAAUCUGUAUCCUGUUGGACACGUACAAUUACCCAGUGGUGUUACCAAGCGGCAGGAAGUCAAGGUCCAGUUGGAUUGACCACUCGUCAGAAGAUGAGAACACUCCAACAAAAAAGGAUGUGAAGCAUGAAGAGACUCCGGCCUCCCAGAGCGUUUCUCAGAAGGAUAUACUGAAACGAUUCACAGAGCAGUGUGGCCAAUACAGUCUCUCACUGCCCAAGUUCCUCAGCACAGUCCAGUGGGGUGAUCUCAAAGCAGUGGAGGAGGUCCACUGGCUCUUUGAACACUGGAAUCCUCUGGAACUGGAUAUUUCCACUGCACUGGAACUCCUCAGCAUUAAUAUUGCUGAUGAGAAAGUCAGGACUUUAUCUGUUAAACGCCUGGAAGAGUUAGACAAUGAACACCUGUUGAGAUACCUCCUGCAGCUCGUACAGGCGUUGAAGUUUGAACCGUAUCACGACAGCGCCUUGGUGAGAUUCCUCAUUCGAUGCGCCCUGAGGAGUAAGCGAAUUGGCCAUUUUUUCUUCUGGUACCUGCGCAGUGAAGUGACCGGCUCUCCCUAUUUCUGUGACCGUUUUGCGCUGAUCCUGGAGGCUUAUCUGAUGGGCUGUGGAAAGUCCAUGCUGGAGGGAUUUCGCAAACAGGUUCAGCUGGUCCAAAGUCUUGGCCAAGUGGCCACUGAGAUCAAGAAGGUCAUCCCAGCAAAGAGCGACCUUCCACCCAAUGCAACCAGCCUGGUACAGGAGAUGCUGAGAGAUGCCGAUCUGCCCCAGGACUUCCUGGCUCCCUACGACCCUCGCAUCAAGGCCGGCAGCAUCCUGAUCGACCACUGUAAGGUCAUGGCCUCCAAGAAGAAGCCACUGUGGCUGGAGUUCACCUGCGAAGAUCCCAGUGGGAUUCACUGCCAACCCGUGGGUAUCAUCUUCAAACAUGGCGAUGACCUGAGACAGGACAUGCUGAUUGUCCAGACGCUGGUGAUUAUGGAUUCCAUUUGGCAAGAAAAUUCACUCAAUUUGAACCUCGUACCUUAUGGAUGCAUCGCCACAGGAUAUAAUAUUGGGAUGAUUGAGGUGGUGAGGGAUGCAACAACAAUUGCGACCGUGCAGAGGUGCAAGGGUGGGAACACGGGGGCGUUUAAAAACGACGCUCUGUACGACUGGCUCAAAUCCAAGCUGCAAGUCGAGGAAUCGUAUUAUCAAGCGAUGGAGACCUUUGUGACUUCGUGUGCAGGAUACUGCGUCGCCACUUAUGUUCUUGGAAUUGGAGAUCGUCACAAUGAUAACAUCAUGAUUACGGAGCAAGGUAACUUAUUCCACAUUGAUUUUGGCCACAUUCUGGGCAACACGAAACGGAUUCUGGGGGUAAACCGAGAGCGGGUCCCCUUUGUCCUGACGCCAGACUUUCUGUUUGUGAUGGGGCGAGUGAACAAAAGACCCAGUCUCUACUUCCAGCGGUUUAAGGAUAUUUGCAUUCAGGCCUACAUGAGCCUUCGUAGUCACUCCAACCUCCUGCUGACACUUUUCUCACUGAUGAUGUUAACUGGAAUUCCUGAACUGAGCUGUAUGAAGGACAUCCUGUACCUGCGAGAAGCACUAGCUGUUGACAAAGAGGAGAAGACAGCGCAUGAACACUUCCUGAACCAGAUCAACAUCUGUGAGAACCUGGGCUGGACUGUUCAAGCUAAUUGGUGGAUUCAUAUGUUUAUGGGUAUUAAACAGACAUGAGCAGAAAGAUGGGCUGAAUGAAGAUUGGAUCAUUCUGGCACAGAAGGAAGCUGAUUGAGUCCAUGUUGACCCUUACAUUCCCCCUACAGUUCUUACCUAAAACCUUAAAUCUGUGUCCCCAGUCCCUGGACCAUCAGCCAAUGGGAACAGCUUUUCUUCAUCUAACUUAUCUAAACCUGUUAUCAUCUUGUCCCCCUCUAUCAAAUCCUCCCUCAAUCUCCUUCACUCCAACAACCCCAGCUUCUCCAGUCUAAUCUUGUAGCUAAAUACCCCCAUCCCUGGAACAAUUCUGGUAAAUCUCCUCCACACCUUCUCGAGGACCCUCUCAUGCUGCCUAAAGUGUGGAGAUCAGGACUGGGUGCAAUACACUUUAUUUCCUACAAUCCAGCCUUAAAAUUUCACCCUUAACCACCCAAGCCCCCAGAAAUAAGUCGCCUUGUUCCGGUGAGGAAGAUGAAGAGAAAAAUUCACUUGAUGAAGACGUUAUCCCUUUAAUAUAAGCACCAGCUUAAUUUGGAAAUUGACUUGUGCCUAAUCCUGGUUCACUGCACAAGCUCCACGCACCUGGUGUCUCACUGGGAUAGCACCCACAAUUUCGGAUGCCCAUAUGUGGCCCAGAGACAACAGGUGGGUCCUGGGGAGGGGACGGGAAUCUAUUGGCGGCACCUUGGAUUGUCCGGCUCAGAUGCUGGCUGAGACCUUUGGGAGAGUCCUGGGGCGGGGCAGUGGUCGUGAUCUCGGGAGGGUGGGGAGGGCGGUGGUAGGGUUAGGCGAGAGAGAAAUGAGAACAAACGUAGGCCGUUGGCAGCCCGCAGUUGUAACGUGGAAGCCGAGAGGGGCCAUGAUGAGGCCAGUGGGGAAAGUUCAAACUUGCCAUUCAGGUGGGGUGGUUCCUUUAAGGGGGCACUGGCUCGGCAACCAGGUCCCGGGUGCACAUGCAUGGUGUGCGAUGCAAUUACGUAAGGUCGGAUUCUGGAAGGGGGCCUCCAACCAGUUUUAGAACCUUCCAUGUAUGUAAAUGGGGGUUGAAUGCCUGAUGAGAUGUGUGCCACCGGUGCCCACAGGUAGCCUUCACCAAUAUGGCUGACGGUUCUGGGCGCACACUCUCCACCAUAUUGAACAUGCCCCAAGUGCCACAUAAUCCAAUUUCCAGGCCAUUGGCACCUUCUUCCUUUGUUCUAGACCAGGUACUGGUUUCAUAGAGAGAUGUCAAUGAACCCAGCAAGCCUGUACCGACUGUUUGAAAGAUUUAUCCAAUUAGUCCCACUCCUCUUGCCCUAAUUCUGCAUUUUAGUUCCUUUUCAAGUAUUUAUCCAAUCCCAUUUUGAAGGUUCCUAUUGAAUCUGCUUCCACCGCUCUUUCAGGCAGCGCCUUCCAGAUCACAACAACCCACUGUCUAAAAGAAAUAUUCUCCUCA